AUGCCAGAACACUCACCGGCUCCAACACCGCAUAGAGCAAUUUACGGAUACUCGUUUUACCUAUUAGUUAUUACGUUAUUUGUAUUUUAUAUUUCAUGGACAUUUUUGCCAACUAAGCAACUGGGAUUGACCUACUUACCAGACAAAUAUUUCGCCGUGUUGCUACCAAUGCUCGUGCUUGUGGGUCUGGCGUUUUUUGCAUUUUUCAUAUACCCAGCAAUUAAUAUGUCCCUUACGCCAGAUAUUGAUGCCUUCUCAUCGGUAGCUGAUGUAUCGCUGAUAUUAAAAGGAAGAACGAAUAAAUCUCUCAAGUCAUGGAAUGAAAUGCAAAAUGCCUUGAAUAAUGCAAAGGUUAAGACAUGUAAAGAUCACAUACAUUUUGUAGAAAAUUGCGAGUUCUGCUAUGGACGCCAUCGCAUCCCAGAUGCGAAAGAGCAGAUUGAUUCAUUACGUUUCAUGGAUUUAAAAGAAAUAAAUGAAAACUUAUUUUCUUAAGGUA